AUGGAAGGCAAGAAGUUGCAUCCAAAUAUUAUAAUUUGCAAUGUUCUUAUGGAUUAUUUUUUCAAAGCUGGAAAAGUUGAAGCUGCAAGGGAUCUAUUUUGCUCUUUAUCAUCAAAGGGACUUCACCCCGAUGUUAAGACAUUUAAUUUAAUGAUUCGUGGAUUUUGCAAGGGAGGCCUAGUUCGUGAAGCAGAAAAGUUGCUCAGAGAAAUGGAAGAGAGAGGCUGUUCUCCAAACGGUGUUAGCUACAACACGUUUAUUCGAGGGCUUAUCAAUAACAGUGAGACAUCAAAGGCAAUGGGUCUUAUUCAUCAAAUGGUGCAGCAGGGUUUCUCCGCGGAUGCAUCAACAAUGGAGAUGAUAAUUGAUUUAUUGUCUAGAGAUAAAGUAGAUCCAGCUUUGUUGCCAUUGACAAAAAGAUCAUUAUGA